GAAUGAGAUAGUUAGGCCAAUAACUACAGCCAUCUGACGUUUCGAAUGGAAGUACGAAGUACGUCAGCUGGAACGCUAAUGCAAAUGCAAUUUUUUGUGUACUAGUUUCCCAAUUCGAUUAAUAUUUCGUGAAUUUACCAAGUUAAUUUUACAGAAUUAUGUUUUACAUGUCGUGAACGCUUAGAGUUAGUUUUCGUUAGUGAUGUGAUAGUGUAGUGUUAAGUAUAACUGGUGCAUUUUGAAAUGUCGGCCAAAGACAAGUGGGUUCGCCGGUUUUCGGUAGACGAAACAGCAAAACACAAGAAUGGAUUUACUAUUUACAAGAUUACUUCAGUGGUAAAUAUUGCGUUGUUCCCAAUCCAGUCCCCUGAUGCAUCAACAGUUGUAUCCGUUUGGAAGCGGUAUAGCGAUGUGCAGAGAUUACACAAAAGUAUGCGGUCCCUACAUGCUGGGCUACACCUCCGAGGCACCUUCCCGGCUUUGCCAAGAUAUAGCUUUUUUAAAAGGUUUCAAACUGAGGUUAUAACAGAAAGAGCUAAGACAAUCAAGUCACUGUUGGAGUUUAUAGCUGAACAUCAACUUCUAUUCACCAGUACAGAUUUUGUCAACUUUUUGCAGACUGGCUACCCUGAACCGGAGCCGCAGGCGGGCGGCGUGAUCAACGCCAUCCGGUCCUCACUGCACCUGCCUAUUGAAGAAACUCCGCCGCUGGAGUACCAGACGGAUGACGACGAUGCCAGUAGUCCCACACAUACUGCUCGAGUAGCAACGGAAUCAUCACAAACACCUCUAACUAGUCGAGACGAGACUGACUUCAUAUCACAAAUACCAAUAUACGAAGCAGCUAACGUUGAAAUACGAACCUCCCCGAAAAAGGUUUCUUCCGCCGACAGUUUCGAAUCAAUCAAUUCCAUAGACAGCAUAGACAGUGACCUCUAUGACGAAUUAAACAAACUGACAGUUGAAAAAAGGCCAACUGUCAAAACGAAAUCAGUGUUGCCAGACUUAAUAAAUUUCGACGCGCCUUCAACUUCGAAAUUCGACGAUUACCACACUAUGCGCAAAAAGGCUGAUUCAGAUACGAUCUCUUUGAAUUCAAACGUUUGUUCUUCUUCUUGUGACGAAUCGAGGCGGAGCAGUUCGCGAGUGUCUUUGUACAGUAAAAGUGUUUUGUCUCUACCUAACGCGGAGUGUAAAACAAAGACGGAAGAUAGUUAUGUGUUUGAGGCCGGUUAUAUGUUGAAUUUGGCGGCGAGGUGUGAAGAUAUGGGGGACUAUCAAAGAGCCUUCGAAUGUUAUAAGUCUGGUAUUGAGAAGAUGCUUAUUGGAGUGCAGACCGACACAGACCCGCAAAGAAGAGCGCUAAUCAAAGAGAAAACCAACAAAUAUUUGUCUUACGCCGAGGAUAUUUACAAAAACCAUCUCUGCGAUACGGAACGGAGUUUGCUUCCUGAACCGGAUGACAACUCGCGAUCUCUCCACUGCCCGAUCCCUCUGUCAAUGCUGAAGCGGCCCUAUGAAGACCUGUCACUAUACAGAGUACUGGAUAUCCUAGGGAACAGCAUGAUGCUGGUACUGCAUAAGACGGAACAGGCUUAUUAUGCUAUGAAGGUCAUCCAAAAAGUACCGAACAACUUGACAGAGUUCGACGAAUUCUUCGUUCAGCGAGCAAACGAAACCAGACAACCAAUACUACCAACAGUUAUACCGUACAUGGUGCCUCUACAAGCCUAUAUCGAAACCAGUAACCUCAUAUUCUUAAUACUCUCAUACGCACCAGGAAAGAAACUAUUCGACUACAUCAAAAACUACACGAAAUCACUACCAACCACCCCAGCAAGGGAAGUCAACCUAGAAAACGUAUUCACUGAACCAAAAAACAAGAAUUCAAAAGUCAAUGAUAAUGAAGUUGAAAGUGUAGCGAAUAAUAAUGAAGAUGUGUCCGUCAACGAGUUGGUGUUGAAUUCUCAGAAACUGCUGAUCAAUGUUGAUAGAGUUUUGAGCGAAACGAAGGUUGAAGUUAAGGAGGAUACAAAGGAUUGUAAAGUUGAUAAUGCGUGUGGUUCGCCAAGUAUUAAUAGGAGUGUUGUAAUUACUUUGUCAGCCGCUGCGCGGUCGCGACGUGUUGCCGCCGUCGGCCCUGUGUCGCUGGGCCGCGGAGAUACUCACCGCCUUGGAGUGUCUGCACAACUGCGGGGUUAUAUGCAGAGACCUGUCCCCGCGCGACGUGCUGCUGGGCGGCGGCGGGCGCGUGCUGCUGUCGUACCGCGUGGGCUGGGCGGGCGCGGGGCUGCGCCUGUGGGCCGCGCGCGCGUCGCGCCGCCCCGCCGCGCUGGCGCCCGAGCUGUGGCACGACGCGCUCAGCGACGCGCCCGCGCGCGACCACGUCUGCGACUACUGGAGCCUGGGCGCGCUUCUCUAUGAGCUGCUGUGUGGGGUCUGCCAGCUCAGUUUAUACCGGGACGGACAGGUGCUGGACUGCUCAUAUUAAAUGGCUUCACAUUCUACAUGAAGAACCAUCAGGCACAUGGCAAGAAACAAUGGUAUUGCUCGUCAAGAGAUGUGCACGGCUGCCGAGCUGACGUCAUCACCUACAAAGGUCUAGACGGAAGAGAUUACAUCUCCAUAUUUCGAGGCAGACACAUACACGACCCCCCACGUUUGCGGCAAUGUCACGAUGGUAGAUUUAUAAGAGAAAAAUAUUUCUUUAAUAGGCAAUCACUCCAGUGAUCUAUAUUUUUUUUAUUUUAAUUUUUAAUGAAUUUUAUUUUGUAAAGAUUGUGAUGUACUUAUUGUAACAUGUUCUUCUUAUGCAUGUUUCUGAUGUAGGGACCUGCUAGUUAUUAGAACAGUUUUUGUGACUAUUUUAGGAAAUACAGUAUUCUGGUAAACUCUUGUUGGUUUUAUUGACCCGCCUUAAUACAAAUUGUGUAUGUGAGUAGUUUAAGCUGUUUAUAGAACAUAUUAAUGCAAGUUAAUUGCCAAAUAACUAUUAUUGUAACUUGGAUGAAUUGUAAAGGAAAUAUUUCUCAAUCAAAAACAUAAGCUGAAAAGCUGAAUUAGUAGUUACUAAAAAAGUACUUAUGUGAAAUAAUAAACAAGCGAUUGUUUUCA